AUGGCCAACGACGAUUUCUAUUUAAGGGUAGACCUCUCUCCCCGCUCAGUCGAACGAAUCCCAACCCGUUCUCUCCCUGCAAACUCGACGGAAAUCGUGUUGAUUGGUGACUCUGGUGUCGGAAAGUCCAACCUACUCAGCCGUUUCACACGUAACGAGUUCAAUCUUGAUUCCAAGUCAACCAUCGGUGUCGAAUUCGCAACCCGAUCCAUCCAAGUUGACUCCAAGACUAUUAAAUCCCAGAUCUGGGAUACCGCUGGCCAGGAGAGAUAUAGAGCUAUCACCUCUGCCUAUUAUCGAGGUGCUGUCGGUGCACUUCUCGUUUACGAUAUCAGCAAACACCAGACUUACGAGAAUGUGACGCGGUGGCUGAAAGAGCUUCGAGACCAUGCAGAUUCAAACAUUGUGAUUAUGCUCGUUGGAAAUAAGAGUGAUUUGAGGCAUUUGCGUGCAGUCCCCACAGAGGAAGCCAAGCAGUUUGCAAAAAUUUUCCGCAUCGUUUCUAGUAAGGCCCUCGAUAGUGGUGACUCUGCUCAGAACCCUCUCUCCGACCGAAAAGUCGUCGAAAUCACCAAGACACAAGAUCCUGAGUCCAAGCAAGGGUGUUGUUAG